UUUUAGCGUGAGAGAGGCUCCCUAAACGCGUGGUGUACGUUGCUUUGUGGGUGCGAUUUUAUGCAUGUGAUUACCGCAAACUUCGUGUAAAAACGCUUUGUGACGAGAGAUUUCUUGUGUCUGGAACCAAUUCAUGUCAUUUGCAUUUAUUGUUACGGGGGAAAUUAAUUCGGCGUUCGAACAAAUCGGUGUUCGAAUGGCCUUCUGGAACCAAUUAAGUUCGAUCUCCGGGGUAACACUGUAUAGAUGGUGAUGUAGUGACGUAGUACUGUGGUGAUGUAGUGAUAUGGUGAUGUGGUGAUGUGUAGUGUGGUGAUGUAGUGAUGUAGUACUGUGGUGGUGUGGUGAUGUAGUGAUGUAGUACUGUGGUGAUGUGGUGAUGUGGUGAUGUGUACUGUGGUGAUGUAGUGAUGUAGUGACGUAGUGGUGUGGUGAUGUGGUGAUGUGUACUGUAGUACUGUGGUGAUGUAGUGAUGUAGUACUGUGGUGAUGUAGUGAUAUGGUGGUGUGGUGAUGUGGUGAUGUAAUGGUGAGUUAGUGAUGUGGUGAUGUGUACGUGGUGGUGUGGUACAACAACGGGCAAACACUUUUGUGCCCUCGCCGCUGUUCCCUCUCGAACGUAGGAACUCGCGCGGUCGAAAAGGGACCGUUUUCCGACGCCGACGCCAACGCGGUGCAAGCGCUGAACCGCCGAAAAAUCCCUCCCCCGGCCAGCCACGUGCUCAGCCCCCCCCCUCCCCCACCACCGCACCUGCGUCCUACAAACCCACAUCGCCCACGUCCGGGCGAUGCGGAUCGCCCGCUGCCGCCUCCACCGCCGUCGUUACCUCUCGAAGAAGAACACUACGGAGCGCCGAGAGGAUCGUCCGUAACGAUGAGCGCCACGCACGCCGCGAACGGCGACGCCGCCGCCGCAGUCGCCGUCGGCAAAAAACGCCAACGGAGGAGCAUCAACCUCGGGGUGAAGCUGGAGGUCGUGAAGCGAUUCGAGGCGGGGCAGAAGGUGGCCGCCAUCGCCCAGGCGCUGGGCCUGCCCGCCAGCUCGGCGCGAUCCAUCUGCGUGAACGCCGGCAAGAUCCUGGAGUCGGCGCAGAACGCGGCGCCGCUGACCGCCACCAAGAUCUUCCGGAGCCGCUCGGCCGUCCUGGAGAACAUGGAGAGGCUCCUCGGGGUGUGGAUCGAGGACCAGAGCCAGCGGGGCGCGGCGCUGAGCGCCCCCGCCGUGCAGGAGAAAGCGAGGAGCCUCUUCGAGGACCUCCGGCAGAUGAGCGGCGAGGGCGGCGAGACGUUCGGCGCGAGCCGCGGGUGGUUCGAGCGCUUCAAGAAACGCAGCGGCCUGGGCAGCCUGAACCCGCCGUGCGAGGCCGCGGGCGUCGAUGGCGAGGCCGCGUCGGCGUCGGCGUCAUCGUCUGCCGGGUCCGCCGCCGGCUACCCCGACGUCCUGAGGGGCGUCAUCGAAGAGGGGGGCUACGUGCCGGGCCAGGUGUUCAACGUGGACGAGACGGAGCUCUACUGGAAGCGGAUGCCGGCGAGGACGUCCAUCGCCGCCGAGGAGAAGACCGCCCCGGGCUUCAAGGCGGCCAAGGACCGCCUCACCCUCCUGCUGGCCGCCAACGCGUCGGGCGACCUCAAGCUCAAGCCCCUCCUCGUCUACCACUCGGAGACGCCGAGGGCCAUCAAGGGCUGCCCCAAGGAGCACCUCCCCGUCGUCUGGCGCUCCAACAAGAGGGCCUGGGUGACCGAGACGGUCUUUCGCGAGUGGUUCGCGUCGCACUUCUGCCCGGCCGUCGAGGAUUACUGCGGCCGCAGGGGCCUGCCGAACCGGGCCCUGCUCCUGCUGGACAGCGCCCCGGCCCACCCGGUCAACCUGGAGGAGCUGUCGGAGAACGUGCGCGUCGCCUUCCUGCCGCCCAGCACCACGGCGCUGCUGCAGCCCAUGGACCAGGGCGUCGUCGCCGCCUUCAAGGCCUACUACCUGCGGCGAACCUUCGCCCGCCUCGCGGGGGACACGGCCGGCGGGCGGCGGUCGGCCAGGGACUUCUGGCGCGGCUACAACAUCAGGGCGGCCGUCGACAACAUCGCCGACGCGUGGCGGGAGGUGCGGCCGUCGGACGUGAACGCCGCGUGGCGCAAGAUCUGGCCCCGGUGCGUCGUCGCACGCCCGGCGGGCUCGGGCCUUGCGGAGGAGGCGACGGAGGAGGUCCUGCGGGACAUCGUGGGCCUGGCGAGGUCGGCCGGCCUGGACAACGUCGAGGAGUCGGACGUGGCCGAGCUGCUGGAUUCGCACGGCGGCGAGCUGUCCAACGACGACCUGGUGGAGCUGCUGCAGCAACGUUCGGGCGGGACGCUGAGCACGGCGCGUCUGUCGGAGGCGUUCGUUCACCUGGAGGCGGCGAUGGACAUCUUCAGGGAGGACGACCCCAACAGGGAGCGCAGCUUCAAGGUGAACCGGACGCUCGCCGGCGCCGUUCACUGCUACAAGGAGCUGUACAAGCAGAAGAAGAAAUACGCGGCGAGACGGGCGUUGGCCAGGCUCGUUAAAAGCCCUCCAGGCAGUAACGCGGGAGGCGAGGAGAGCCAGCUACCUCCGCUUGCUACUCCUCCGCUUGCUCCUCCGCCUGUCAUCAAACAAGAGCGGAGUCCAGGCCCUGGGGCAAGUCCUCAGCUGGCGGUGAAAUGCGAAGACGUCUCGGUCGCCGAAGCAACCGCUCCGGAUCUGAGGAUCGUGAAGGUGGAAAGAGCCAGCAGCGAGGGCGCAGAGGAGACGGGGGAAGAAUCUCACCGCGGCUGCCUGGCCACCGCAGACCAGAACUUCAUCGAGGUGGAGUUGUCAUUCAGUGACGACGAAGUGACGGAGCGGCCCACGGGAUCCGCGGGCGGCGACGCCGUCACCGGGACGAGGCCCGGCAAGGCGAGGCCAGGCCGGGGGCGCCGUGCCAGGCCCACGCGGCGAGGAUGCAGCCAGUGCCGGAAGACGCCGCUGGCAAUAGCGGGCGACACCGGCGAUGAUCACGCCGGCGAAGACGAUGAUGACGACGAUGACGAUGAGGACAGCGAUGACGGGCUACGUCGGAAGAAGAGGAGGAGGAGGAGUAGGAGGAGGAAGAAGACGCAAGCCGGAGAGAAGGGAGAGUCGCCGUCGAAGGGAUCGGCGCGGGACGAUUGCUCGGGAGUUUGAGAGUGGAGCGGAGUUUGUGUGAUCUCCCCCUGUUGUACAGAGUGAGUGAGUGGAGUUUGUGUGAUCUCUCCCUGUUGUAUUGAAUGAGUGGAGUUUGUGUGAUCUCCCCCUGUUCUACAGAGUGAGUGAGUGGAGUUUGUAUGAUCUCUCCCUGUUGUAUUGAAUGAGUGGAGUUUGUGUGAUCUCCCCCUGUUCUACAGAGUGAGUGAGUGGAGUUUGUAUGAUCUACAGAGUGAGUGGAGUUUGUAUGAUCUACAGAGUGAGUGGAGUUUGUAUGAUCUCCCCCUGUUGUACAGAGUGAGUGAGUGGAGUUUGUGUGAUCUCUCCCUGUUGUAUUGAAUGAGUGGAGUUUGUGUGAUCUCCCCCUGUUCUACAGAGUGAGUGAGUGGAGUUUGUAUGAUCUACAGAGUGAGUGGAGUUUGUAUGAUCUACAGAGUGAGUGGAGUUUGUAUGAUCUCCCCCUGUUCUACAGAGUGAGUGAGUGGAGUUUGUGUGAUCUCCGCUUGUUCUACAGAGUGUGAGUGAGUGGAGUUUGUAUGAUCUCCCCUUGUUCUACAGAGUGAGUGAGUGGAGUUUGUGUGAUCUCCCCCUGUUCUACAGAGUGAGUGUAGUUUGUGUGAUCUCCCCCUGUCCUACAGAGUGAGUGAGUGGAGUUUGUGUGAUCUCCCCCUGUUCUACAGAGUGAGUGAGUGGAGUUUGUGUGAUCUCCCCCUGUUCUACAGGGUGAGUGAGUGGAGUUUGUGUGAUCUCCCCCUGUUCUACAGAGUGAGUGAGUGGAGUUUGUGUGAUCUCCCCCUGUUCUACAGGGUGAGUGAGUGUAGUUUGUGUGAUCUCCCCCUGUUCUACAGAGUGAGUGAGUGGAGUUUGUAUGAUCUCCUCCUGUUGUACAGAGUGAGAGUGAGUGGAGUUUGUGUGAUCUCCCCCUGUUCUACAAAGUGAGUGAGUGGAGUUUGUGUUAUCUACCCCUGUUCUACAGAGUGAGUGAGUGGAGUUUGUAUGAUCUACAGAGUGAGUGAG